AUGUCUAUAAAAUCUCAAAAAUCAUUAAACGAAGAAUGCACGGAGAUAUUUGAACGAAGUUAUUCCAUUAAAAGUGCUUCGGAAGAGAAUCCGUCCAGUGACGACGAAGAAGAGUACGUGUCAAAAGAAUUGUUGAAGAAGUUGACUCCUUCUGUCCUCAGUAAGCUGAGAAAGUGUUUUAAAAGAGCGAGAGAGAAGAAAGCCAGAGACCUCGAUAAGAAGGUGGAAAAGGUAAUGCGUGCAGCGGCCGCAGAGGAAGGAAUCGAGUUUGUCGAAAGCGUACCUUUGGACACGGAGCAUCUCUACUUGAAUGAAAAUGGAUUUGUAUCGGCGUUGGAUAAUAUUUUAGGAAACCCGAAGUACAAGCCCCACGCUCAGACUUUAUAUCGUGCGAUCGAUCGGUUUCAGACCGGUCGCGUGUCGUGGUCGCAACUGGUCGCGCGACUAGUCGCAAGUGGUGCCAGAACUACGGCUUCAAGACUCGACACAUGGUCGCCAGUUAAAGAGGCUGGUGUUGUCAGAUUGAAGCAUUGCAAUAGAGAGACUAUAGUUACGCUUAUUAGUAUCGAAGACGAGAACUCGUUCUGCUACGUCGCGGUGUCGAAGGGAGGGAGAAUAGGAAUAUACACGGGAGACUUGAAACUCCUCAAGUCAUAUGAGGUAUUCUAUCACAGAUCGGGAGUUAGAAGCAGAGUCCGCAAUUGCUGGAUCACGGAUGCGGCUCACAUGAGAGAUGUGUCUUGCCUCGUUCUGUCGGCGUCUGAUCGCAGCCUCACUAUAUACGAUGUGUCUACCUUGUCUCACACGCCCUUGUAUUGCGUAACCGGGUUACCUAAUAUACCGACGUGCCUCGCUUACUGCCCCACGACGGAGGCUGGUUAUUCCGAGCUGCUGGUGGGCACGGAACGAGGAGAGCUCAUCCGUUUGCGUUUCUUGCAGCCUCGGGUCUCGCUCUUGCACGUCAAAGUGCCAGAUACUAUCAAUUACUACUUUUGGAUGGAGCUCUCUUGUCCACCUCACAGCACCUACUGCUCGAUCCACACUUGCCGCUCAGCGCACGCGCGUUCUGUCCGGCGCGCCACGUACGUUAGAGAAGACAUAUUGCUAUCCUGCUCUCACGACACUGUUGUCAGUCUGCGUAUGAAGUAUCUCACCGGAAAAUUGGAUGACUAUGAAAUCACUGUUCAUAGGGGCGUGUCGUGUUUCGACAGCGUGACCGCCCUCCGACUCACGGUGACUGGCAGCAAGGACGGUCUGGUGCGAAUCUGGACUCACGCACAGCGCACUCCUAUAGCUAAGUUGAAGCCGAACUGCGCCCCCGUUCCCGUCGUCGAUGUCAAGAUUGUAGAAACUGAGAAUGUCGUUCUGGGAUAUUACAAUAACUGCAUGAUACACAUCUGGGAUUUAUAUGAAGAAUGUCUUCUUCAGUCUGUUAAGUUAAAAUUCCCGUUCCUUGGUGUUCUCGGGAAGCGAAUCGAGUUUGGGACCACAAGUAUUCAUUUAGGUCCACCUCGAAGAAAGAGUGGAAUUAAUGCCGCAGACGAAACUGGGCGUUCGCGUCGCGGAUCUAGCGUAUUCGAGGGUUCCACUGGUGGGCUCAUGCUACAAAUGGAAUCCAAUAUGGAUGGAGAGCAAGUGGACAGUGCCCCUCUAGAUAGAAGCGAGGUCUUGGUGACUUGCAACGACAGCGUCUACAUCCUGAGUUUUCGAGACAUAGAUGCCAGCGUGGUCGGCCCAGCGUGUCGGGCGGUGGAGGGGAGAAGACCGUCUGUGUGGGACCUAAAUCUUUCGGGUGGCAGAUCUCCGUCGAAACAAGUGACACCCCGUACCACCCUGGCAGUGGAUUCGGACAUACACCUUCUGCAACCGACUAUACACUCCACUUUUGACUUGGAUCAACUCAUCGCACACGCAGGCCUCGAAAACAUACUGGAGAAAGAUUUCGUCCUGACGCGCGGCUUCAAACACGACCUCAACAAAAAGAUGUUUGAAAUGCAAUCCAAAGAAAACAAACGUAAAUCAUCAGUGUGCAUUGGAGCGCCUUAUCUCAGUCUUCCGCGGUACACCUUGGACCCGUUGCCCGUCUUCCAUCAUCUUCACGAGAGAUACGAACGCGUCAAGCGGUGGAUAUUAUCCUGGACCAAGCGUAAACGUCACCCCAACGGGGAGUCGAACCACGACUCCGCGAAAUAA